GAUAAUUUUGACAAAAUGUGUAGUUACGAAAAAGUGUAGCGUUUUCAAACAACACUAGAAAUGACGAAAGAUUCAGGCCUAAUAAGUCUGCGAACUAUUCAAAUACAUUUGCAACGAAUCCAUAAAUUCGUCAAGUUGGGUGAUGGAAGCAAGUAUUCAGUCAAGCUUGAGCAUGGAGAUUUCUCCUGUGGUGAAUCUCAAAGAUGUGAUCUGAAUGGUGAUAAUCAGUUAAUAAUCGACCACCUUUUUAAGUAUGAGUUGUCCACCAUGGAUGUUGCGUCUUUAGAUUCAUUGUGCUCGCAGCCUUUUGUGUUGACUGUUUACGAACACAAAGUAAAAGACAAGAAACAAAAGGAAGCCAAAACUGAGUUGUGCGGUCAGACGACUUUUGAUGGCUUACCACUAAUAAAAAAUUCGACUAAAUAUGAAUUGAACUUGAAAUUAUUCAGCCAGUUUUCUACAUCUCUUGACGAUCUUCCAACUGUUGAUAUUUUAGUUUCAGUUGAUCAACCACUUUUAAAUGAUGAAGUUUAUGAACAACUGAAUAUCAUUUAUAUCAAUAUUGAGUCAAUUCAAAAUGUCCCCGAAACGUUCCACACAAAAGAUCACUAUACUUUUGUUGCUGCACUACCAUUGAUUACCUCGAGUGAAAAUAUAGAAAACGCAAUCAUUUCGAACAAGGGAUAUUUGAAAUCGCCAUCCGAUGCAGAAUACAUCAGCACUUCAUUUAGAUGGCCUGCCCCUGGAAGUGCACGGAGUUUUGCAGAUAUUAUGCUAACCAGUUUUCCGGAGAUUACUCUAGCAUUGAAUAAAAAAGAAGAUGGUGACUUUCCAAUAGGACAAUAUUCGACUCUUAGAAAUUCAGCUAAUUCUGUAAAAAAUAAAGUUGUUUGGAAUCAGCAACACAGGCGCUUGCUGAACAGGACAUCACAGUUGAAACUGAAAGAAAGAAUUUCAGCUUAUAAAUUUUUACCAGUGGAGGUGUUUUGCAUGCAGGGCAGCUCAUCUGGAAGAAAGAAAAAGGACGAUGAACCCACCCAUACUCAUCAUGGUGUAGCUUAUGUUAAUUUAACUCCGCUUCUCUACCCAGGUGUGGAUUACGUUCGUGGGGCAUACAAAAUAUAUCCUUUUAAUCAGAAAGAAUAUGAAGAAAAAACAAAACGUCAAAAUAGCUUACUUCGAGAUGUUUUAAAUAAAGUAUCAGUUCAAAGUACCUCAAACGUACAGACAGAUAAAAAGAAAACACAGCUUAAUGUUCCAAAACAUGAAAGGAAAACAAGCGUCACAGGUGCUAAGACCACAGGCAGAAGUGCUAGUGCACUUGAGGCGGAAACUGGAGAACGUAGUGAAAUCGAAAGACAAAAAUCCAAUUUAACACCAAACACCAUAAACGAACAACCUACUGAUCAAGUACAAAAUACUGAAGCUCAACAAUAUUUAGAUGCACAAUCAUUUAUAAUGCUAGAAUUUCGUUUAGAAAAACCAUUGGUUAAAAAACGAACUUUAGAAGAAAUUGACCAAAAAGUUUCUACUUAUAUAACCGAAAAACAGCCAGUUGUCAAACGUCACACCACAGCUGAAAAAGCGGUUAAGGAAUAUCACAAGCAAAUAGCAGAAGUUGCUAAUUAUUUGUUAAUGGAGUUCAAAGUUAUGUUUUCUGAUCUUAUACAAACAGAUCAAUUACCAGUAGAUCAUGAAUGCGCUGAACAAAUGAAACAUGAACUAUAUUAUUCACUGAAUACAUCUGGGAAAUAUUUCGCAUUUAAAGAACGUUUAAAAUUUGCUGUAAUUAAAAUAGUUAGAGAAAAAUUCUUUCGUACUAAACCAUUUACUGAUCAAGAACAAUUACAGCUUUUUCUGAGAGAUCUCUUUGUCUAUCUUGUGGACGAAAUGCACAUUGGUUUGAAGAAAGUAUUUUGUACAAGAGAUUUUACGAAGAUUCCAGAACUGAAUUUCUUUGAUCCAGAAACUUUAUUACGCUAUGCUCGUGAGGCUGAACAAAAUCAGAUGUAUGACUGGGCAGUUAAAUAUUAUCGAGAAAGAAUUGCAAGAAAUCCUAGUUCAUCAGCCUAUUGGCUCGACUUCGGUGUUUAUUAUUUGGGACGAAAUGACUUAGAACAAGCUGCAACAUGUUUCCACCGUUCUUUAACCAUAGAUCCUAAACAAAGCACUGGAUUAGUUUUAUUUGGUCUUGUAUCCGCCAUGCAAAAUUUUAAUGAAGAAGCUACUGACUUUUUAGAAGCUGCAGUGUCUCACGAUCCUAAAAAUCCUGUUCUAUGGGUCAUACUUGGUUUAUUUUAUGAAACAAUAUCCAACGACAUUGGUGUAGAUAUGGCUUUAAACGAAGCUAGAAGAUUAGAUGGUGAUGAACAAGAAAUUGUUAGCUCGCCAAAAAGUGAAUCAAAUGAUAAUUUAUUAAUAAAUCAACGUCAAUCAUCAAAUAUUUUAUCUGACGGCUCACAGAACGAUGCUCCAAAAUCAGGUACAAAAAUUUCAACUGAUAUACAAUGUGAAUCAACAUUGAUACCAUCAACAGUCUGUGAGAAACCAUCAAGAAUGAGUUUAUUUAUUAGAACAGCUGAAUUUCUUUUGGAUAAAAAUAUGUAUUCGUUUACAUCUAUGGCUCUGGCUCAUGAAUUAAUAGCACAGAAGAAAGAAUUAGAAUAUCAAACAAUUACUUAUGAGCCUCAAACAAUAAUAUCAAAUUCAGUACCUAAUUUACAAUUACAAACUGAUAUACAUACACCUAUACAAACACAGUCAUCUAGUGAUAAUCAAAAUCCAACAAAUUUUUCAACUGCUGGUUUAUCUACAAUAACUAAUCGAAUUUCUUCAACAAAUAUUUUAUUUCAUCGUGUAUCUGAAUAUCAUUUACUUUGUGCACGUUUAUCAAUGAAUUCAUAUAAACAAGAUCUAUCAGAAGCUGAAUUCAAUGCUAGUUUAAUUAUUGAAGCUGAUCCAGAAGCUGUAGAAGCUUGGGCAUGUUUAGGUCAUUUACGUUAUAUUGCUGGAGAUUUAAAUGCAGCACGUUCUUGUUAUGAACGUUGUUUAUGUUUAAUAACAUGGCCACCUAAAGAUCAACAUAUUUUAUUGUUACGUUUAGGUUCGAUUUAUUUACAACAGUUGAAGUGAAAUAACCGCUAACUGACGUAAAAGUAAUAAUCAUGUAGUCACACUUUAAUUCUUCCUGUAACAACUUUCUUUGUACAUUCUAAUGUUGACUGGAAACGUAAAAUAUACCUUUUUUUCUAGAGGGAAACUUUCAAGUAUCUAUUCGAAUGCUUUACAUAUUCGUCUCAUGAAAAAAGUUGGUAAUUUAAUGAUUCUUUGAUAUCCGUUCAUUAUACUUACAAAGAAGUUUCUGUGCACAUAUGCUGUUGUUUGUACCUUCUGAAAAACGAAUGAUGGAAUGAGCAAAAGAAAUUCAUUUUUCUACCUUAAUAUUCUCCAACUUAAUAAUCAAUAUUGCUUAGAGAUAGUUGGGAAAAAAAUAAUACAUAUAUAUUUUGUUAUAUCCCAAUGAGUAGAAAAAUUGUAUUUAUGACGUUUCGUGACCUAAUGUAGACCACUUCUUUAGAGUAAAUCAAUAACCGAAAUAAAUUAACAAGUUUAAAUAGUACUAUUAAACUGCAGUUCCGUACUUUAUGGUUUACAGGUGAACAGCAAUUGGAAUCAGUUCAAAAUUAAAACUAUCUAAAAAUACUUGUAAACAUUCAUUUACGUUCAUAGUGUUAUUUUAUUUUUAAAAUCCAUUUCAGUAUAAAGAAGCUAAAGAUAUUUACUUACGUGCGUGUAAAAGCUCUCCAACUUGUGCUACAUGGCUAGGUGUUGGUAAAGCUUGUUAUAGACUAGAGGAACUAGAAAAUGCCGAAGAAGCUCUCACUGAGGCUAAUUAUAUUAAUAAUAGAAAUCCAGAGGUUUGGGCUUAUUUAUCUAUGAUAUGCUUAAAAACAAAUCGAUGUACAGAAGCCGAACAAUCCUUUAAAUAUUGUAUAAAAAUGAAAUUAAAUGAUACUGAAUUGUUGAAUGAAAUACACACCCUUCAAAUGGAAGUUGGUUGGGGCAAUCCUCUUGCUUACUGGGUAACGUCUUAUUCACAAUGAUUAAUGGUUAUGAGGAAAAAGAAAACAAUAAAUGUCUCAUAUUGAAUACACGACUUUAUUUAUUAUUUAUGAAUAGUUUUGUUUCAAGUUGAUUGAAGAAGUGUAGAAAUAAUUUAUGUUUCACUGAAGAAAACUUACAUUUCGAUAACUUUUUUACUAAAGGUUGUACGAUUUUAUCCAUGUGAUAUAAUUUAAUCUAAUGAACAGGUUUUACUUUUUCAUGAAGAUAUAUAUGAUUAUUUGGAUUUGUAGAAUGCAUUUAUUUAUAAUAAUGC